GUUUCAGAAAGUAUUCGCAAUGGAGCCGAAUGAAGUCAACAACAAGAAAGACAGAUGGUACGACAAGAGCCAGACAAGGUAUAAGUGGCGCUAUUUCAAAUGUCUCAUUCUCAUCUUUUUGGCCGUUAACGUCGAAGUCGCCAAUGCCCAAUAUCUCGAAAAACCAGACCAACAACAACAACCCAUUAUGAAGCAGAAUCAGGAAAUCGACAACAACCUCCGCCAGAAUCCGGCGCAGAUUCCUAACGCAUUCUACCGCCAGGAUAUCCCUGCUCUGAUGGCACGUCCAGCUAAUCCGUUCUUGACUUGAAGCACCUGAACGAAGGCAAGAUAUCUCCACUACAUCUCUACAUUUUGCCACACUCUUAUUUUUUGCUAAUUGUUUUCUCAUUUUCACCAUUUUGAAACUUUCAAAAAGCACAUUUUUUUUCGCCACCCUUUCUGAAUCGAAAUUGCUAAAUCCUUCGAAAAAUUUGAAUUUUGAGAUUUUUUUUGUUCACAUACUGAUCUCUUUAAUACGAUCUGCAACACUAGCUGCCCAAAUUUUUCCACUGACCACUUUUUGAAGGUGACGGUCAUUUGCAGAUGCGCCACCAUUGACUGUACAUUUCUGU